AUGUCCCGCUCAACACGCAUAAUACUGCUGCUCGUAAUUGACGUCUUCUUCUUCUUCACCGAGCUCAUUGUCGGUUAUGCGGUCGGCUCGCUCGCCCUCGUCGCAGACAGUUUCCACAUGCUGAACGACGUACUGAGCCUCAUAGUGGCGCUAUAUGCGAUCAAGCUCACCAACCAGACCGAAGUCGACUCUCGUUACUCGUACGGCUGGCACAGGGCCGAAAUCCUCGCGGCUCUGGUCAAUGGUGUCUUCCUGCUUGCGCUGUGCUUCUCCAUUUCCUUGGAGGCCAUCGAACGUUUCUUCAGCACCCCAGAAAUUUCAAACCCGAAGCUGGUUGUCAUAGUCGGUUCGCUCGGGUUGGCUUCGAACCUCGUUGGGUUGUUCUUGUUCCAUGAACACGGUCAUGACCACGGUCAUAGUCAUGGAACCCCGUCAGGCUCCAAGCCUGCAAGCGUUCAUUCGGCCGAAGACGGGCAGGUGACCCCCCGCCCUCACGUAACGUCACCGACACCGCGGUCUCGCGAGCGGUCGGAGUCGUACUCGUCCAUGUACGGCCAUCCUGCCGCCACCCGUGCGUCCAUCAUGCAGGCUGCCAACGAUGUCGCACGUGCGCGCUCGCGCUCGCCCUCACGGAAGUCGCGCGUCAGCCGAUCGAGGUCGCAUGGCAGACAUGCGAGCAUGGACGACAUCCGCGACGAAAGCCCAAGCGACUCCUCUCUCGACGAGCAGCAGACAAUGAACGAGUCUACUCGCCUGCUCCCCGACCGCGCCAGCGUAGAGUCUGUCCCGCACUCGCUUCACGCCCACAACGGACAUAGCCACGGCGGCGGCGGCGGUCACUCUCAUGGUUCGAUGAACAUGCGCGCCCUAGUUCUGCACGUCAUCGGGGACGCACUGGGAAACGUUGGUGUCAUUGCGACGGGCCUUGUGAUCUGGCUCACGAGCUGGAGCUGGAAGUUUUACUUUGACCCGAUGAUCAGUCUGGUCAUCACGGUUAUUAUUUUCUCGUCAGCCUUGCCCCUAGUACGCAGUACCGCUUUCAUCCUUUUGCAGGGCGUCCCGUCUACGAUCUCAUUGGACGAAGUGCGCGAGGCUAUUCUUGCGGUGGACGGAGUUCUGUCUGUGCACGAGCUCCAUGUGUGGCAGCUGUCGGAGAACAAGAUCGUCGCGUCUGUGCAUGUCAUGGCGUCGCGCAAGCACGAUUUCAUGCCGGUAGCGGCGCAGAUUCGCAAGGCGCUCCACGAGCGGGGCAUCCACUCGAGCACCAUCCAGCCCGAGUACCAUCCGCCACGGAACGCGGCGCCAGAGGAAGACCUCAGGCUGUCUGCAUCGUCGUCAUGUCUGAUCCUGUGCCCGCCUGACCAGGAGUGCAACCCGUCAGAAAACGCCUGCUGUCCGCCGCCGCCGACGGACGUGUAA